AGCGUAGCGAGUACUUGCGAGCCACAAUAAGUAAGAGGCUGAAGGUUAACUAGUCAUUUUGUUAUCUCUAAAGUGUUAGACUUCUAUUUGCGAGUACUUGGUCUAGAGAAUUAGCAAUAAAAUUAUCUAAACUAUUGACACCAUAUACUACGCCGUUAUAAGCCACUUCAGACCAACCAUUUAAUUGACUAAUAAAUGCAAUUUUUCUGUGGCAAAAUAUUGUUUAUCUUUGGUGCACUUCGAGCUUAUCAUUGUUCAGUUGUAAGGAGGCUAAAGCCACAUCCGGAGCUCAUCGGAUCGUUCUAUAAUUAAAUUUGUAUCCAUCACUUGUUAAAGUUCGUGAUAACUUUGUGAGUAAGCAACAGAGGUUUCGUCAGGCGUUCAGAUCAACAAUCAAUCCAUAUGUGUUUCGACGGUUGUUGUGAUAACAAUAGCAGUAUGGAUACCCAUACUUCGUUUUCCCCAGCAGAUUCAUCGUUAUACCAAGGUGGAAUGGAUACAACCAUAAUAAGUCAACCAACUAUGCAAGAACACAUAAUUGCAACACAAUAUCAUACGGAUAUGAACACCGAUUCUGGAAUAUCCAGCUCAACCACAACCCACCCGUCUCAUGAUAUGGGUUGGAAUGGUGGGGGUAUGUCAGCUUCAACUACAAAUUGUUUUAGUGACACGGGUAUGUCAACAACAACCACAAACUAUUCUACUGACACGGGGAUGUCAACUACAACCACCAAUUGCCCAAGCAAUGAUUUUACAAGUGAUACAUGGGGUGGUAUGUCCUCAACCACUAGUGCUUCUGAUGCUUUUUGAAAGUCCAUCUACAUCUCCAUAUCAACUGUUAAGCCAUCAAUUCCACUUACGAUAUUUAAAACUUCUGGAAAGAAUAUUCGCAAUAGAGAAAUAUUUCUUAUGACAGUAUUAAUAAAAACUUAAAUUCUAAUCAUGA